AUGUCAGACUCCUUCCCCGACUCGCCCCAGAUACUCCUCAACGACUCGAACCGCCCCACCUCCAUAGACUUCAGCCUCGAACUCGAACGGCAGCUCGAGGCAGAAUCUCUCCCCAGCUCGCCUAAUCCCCUCCGGCCCCAGUCCCUCGAUGUCAACGUCCUCGCCUCUAUCGUCACCCAGCUCCGCGAGUCCUUGGCUGGCACCUCCAGAGAGCGCGAUGUCCUCAUGGAGAAGCUCACCGAAGCCCAGACAAGAGAGCAGGGCAUGCGGGAGACCCUCGACCAUGUCGCCGACAAAUGCUUGCAAAUGGAGAACGACCUGGAGAGUGCGACUGCCCAGCAUAAGGAUGAUGAGGAGACGAUAGCGAUGUUGCGGUCAAAAGUAGAGGAAAGCCGACGCGCUCUCAUGAGACUUCAGACGGAGAAGAGGAUGAGCCAGGUGUCCAACCUGUCUCUCGACCUCUCUAGGUCGCCCCCUCCACACCUCACCUUUAACGGCCCCCCGUCGUCCAAACGAGCCUCCUUCGCACCCCUCACCGGCUCUGCCGCAGGGCGCGCACACCGUCGGAUAUCGUCUGUGUCCGAUGCCAGCCUCCUUGGUGAACCCUCAACAUGGCCCCCGCCUUCUCCUCGCUCUCCCCUCAUACCCGAAGACCCGGAAGCAACUCCGGUUGAGCGGCCAAACAAGCGCAUGUCGCUGCUGUUUGGUCGCGGUCCCUCCCCACAGCCCGAGCCGUCAGCAAGCCCCUUCGAGGUCGAGUCGUUGCGAAAACAGUGCCGUACGUUGCAGCAACAACUGGACAACCUCAAGCGCGAUCUCACCGAGUCCCAAGAGGCCCACGAAGCAUCGGAGCUCUGUGUGCGCGCCCUCCGCACGUUCAUAUCCGACAACAACGUCGGUGUUCCCUCCACUGUCAAGAGCGCUGCCGUGGUCGCGCCCUCUGCGUCCUCCCCAUCGCACUCGAAGCAGCCCAGUACCGCUUCGCGCUGGGGGUUCAAGUUGUGGACGACGACCGCGGAGGCGGGGGCGAGCAAGCCAAACACGCCGUCCUCGACUCCCGUCGCCCCGCUCCCUCCGGCAGACAUCGGUGCGAUACCCUCGCCGAGUCAGCCGAUGCCGCGUAAGUUCGGUGGGUUCUUCGGCGGACGCACGACCAGCGUGUCGUCCAGUGGCUCGACGCGUCCGUCAGAGGAACACGUGCCUCAAGAGCCGUUGUCCAACGGAUCGGACACAUCGUCGCUCGACGAGUCUACGGGUCCGAUCAGCCCCACUUCGGAGUCUCGUGCCCAUGUUGUACUCCCCACAAACGAUAAAGCUGUUGACGGCGUGAUGGAAGGACAGGAGGUCUCAGUCCCAGGGGUUACUGUUUGA